UUGUGUUUAAAUGAAUUUUUUGCUUAGCCCAGCCCGGGUCUCGUUUUUAAUCGCAUUCCUUUGCCCUCCCCUGCAUUGCUACCUCGCGCUGCUUUUUCACCCGGGACGCCUUUUUCCACCAAUGCAAUUUUUAUUAUUUUUGCGCAAUGCAAUAAGGGAUCCCAGGAUGGAAUAGUAGACAAGAGAGAAGAUAAUGUAUAGCAAGUGAGAUCGGAGGGAAUUUAUGUUGUCGUGAAACAAGGCUGUGUUUAAAAGGCAGCCCUUCCGUUUUCACCAUGCUUUAGGGUCGUGCAAUGGCAGAAGAUGGGCCUCCGGAUAAGAAAAAACCCAGGAGAAACUCAUCCCUCUGUCAGAGCAAGAAAAAAACUGCAAGAAAAAAUGGCAAAGAGGAGCUUUCUCCAGCCCCAAACUCUUCUUCCAUCGUUUCCCUUUUUAGCAACGCUCCUCCCGCCAGAGUUGCCUGCCCCUUGUGUGGCCAGAUGAUACCAAGGUACAGAAUCAACCAGCAUAUCGAUGAAGAAUGCAAAAAUAAUCAGAACGAGGACAACAUCAAUGUGAUUGGCUUAGUGUCGGCUGUCACCCCUGGGUCAUCAGCCGAAACUGAGCCUGUGGGCUCAAGUCCCUAUUUUGCAGCUAAGCUCUCGACUCCAGAAAAGAAUUAUAGCCUUUCCGGAGAAGACAGUCUGGAAACAAAAAGCGAGUCGGGAGAAAAGGCAAGUCCCUAUUUUAAGAAAGCUGGAAAAGUAGUCCUGCUUGAUGAUCAACCUAGAGUUGGGGCCAUUAAAAAUAUCUCCCUGGGAAGCUUGUCGACCAGAUUGUCCAGGAGGUGGCGUGGUCGCAGCAGGGAUGGGUUGACUCAAGAUGGCCAACCUUCUCCAACUCAAGUUGGCACCACAGAGCAGAAACCCAACCAGAAACCUUGGGGUGAAGAUUCCCUGAAGGAGAACCAGUUGUCCCCGUCUCAGUUUGGAUGGACAACUGGAGCUCUGAAUAAGGAGUGUGACAUCUCAAGUUUGGGACAACAAGAUGACUCAGGACCUCUCUCUCGUGGCCUGAAUGAUUCUGCUCUGGUAUCACUCAGUUGCAGAGAACUUGGGCUGUCAAGAAAAGGCCAUCAGCAGGUCAGUAACCCCCAGAAGAACCCAGAUGUUUACCAGUUGGGGAUAUCUUCGUUAGCUGAGGAGGAAGGGGUGACAGCAACUUUCCCUAAAGAAGAGCCACCCAAGCUGGAAUCCCAGAGUUUCUCCCCUAACAAGCCAGAUCCAAUGACAGAAGAAGACUAUCAUCAUGAGAUGCAACCGUUAUCCAGUUCCACAGGAGAAUCCUCUGUGGAAGAUGAGGCCGGAACAGAAGUUGAGGAUGAAUUAUGUUUGGCAACUAUAGAAAAAGCCAGUUUUCUAAAUUCAAGCGGGAACGUUAGGCCUGGCCUGGAUUCACCUGGGCAUCCCUAUUACCUUCGAAAUUUUCUCAUGGUGCUGGAGGCCGUGCUGGAGAACGAAGAUGACCGGAGACUGUUCAAUGAGGAAGAUUUAGAGGUCAUCGCUCGGUUCUACAAGCUUUCAGGCAGCGGACAGAAACUUUACGUUCGGCUUUUCCAACGUAAACUGGCCUGGAUAAAGACGAAUAAAAUAGAAUAUGCCGAGAUCAGCUCGGAUCUUUCGCCCGUCAUCCAAGAGCUUGUUGAAGCAGGAUUCCUGCAGUCUGAAGCCGAACUGCAAAACCUGUCAGAAGUCCUUGACUUACUUUCCGCUCCCGAGUUGAAAACUUUAGCGAAAGCAUUUCACUUGAAAAACCCAACUUCUCCCAAGCAGCAACUUCUGGAAGAUUUCCUCCGGUUGGCGAGACAGCGCUCCGUCUUUGGCACGUGCCAAGCUGGGAUUGGCAGUGUCAUUCUGAAGAGGGCUAAAGUUCUUGCGGGGAAAUGCAUCAAGGUUUGUAGAGGGCCUCGUGGUGUGUUUUCCCAUGUGCUGUUGCUUUUCUCUCUGACGGAUCCCGUGGAGGAGGAAGACGCCGGAAGUGGUGGCCAAAGACAACUUUCUACGGUACUCAUGGUCAACAUGGGCCGGACCAUCUUCCCCACUUACACCGUCAACCGGAAAACGCCCAUAUUUCAAGAUCGGGAUGAUUUCCUUAGGUAUGCUGCCGCUGUGCACACCUCUAAUGAUAUUUCCGUGGCAAUGACCGGUGGGAAGUGGGAAGAGGCGCGCUGCUUGUACGAGGCCGCAAAAGCAUCUUGGCAGGAGCUGACAGGACACCCUUCCCUCAGCCGUCACCGAGCCCUCCCAGAAUACCUGCGGCGUUUCACUGUGGGAUGGUUGUACACACGGAUCCUGUCGCAGGGGGUAGAGAUCCUGCAGAGGCUUCACCUGUACCAGGAAGCUGUGGAGCAGCUGCAAGAACUUCUGGCUCAGCAAGACUACUGUGUGGACAGCCGAGGACAAUGGUGGGAGCGUCUAGUUCUGAACUUUCACCAGCACUUGAAAGACACCAAGAAGACUGUUGCGUCCCUCCGGAAAGGCCUCCUGGAUCCCUUCCUUCGCCCAGGCCACCACCUUGGUCUCUCCCAGCGUGUCCAAAGGAUGAAAGACACCCCAGCCUGCCAGAAGUUCAAGCAUCUCCUUCUCGACCUGCCUCUUCUUUCGGUGGAUGAUGUUACCCAUGUUACCAUCAAAGGAAAACUCUGCCCGCAGACCGGGAUGGGCAAAUCCAUGUUUAUCCGGGAGAGUCAAACGGAGGGAGCGGAACCCUUGACGGUGGUUUGCUCCGUUGAGGAACUGGCUUUAGCCCACUACAAGCAGCAGGGCUUUGAUCAAGGCAUCCACGGCGAAGGGUCGACCUUCACCACCCUCUACGGCCUCCUGAUGUGGGACAUCCUUUUCAUGGAUGGCGUCCCUGAUGUCUUUAGGAACUCAUACCAGGCUUUUCCCCUGGACCUGCACACAAGCAGUUUUUACAAGAAUCGCCAGUCGGCCAUUGAGGCAAAGUUGCAGUCGCUGCACGAUGCAUCAACGGAGACCCUCCAGAAGUGGGUGGGCGAAGUGUGGGAAGCCCAGGAGGGAAAAGCAUCAGUGCUGAUCAGUUGGGACCGCUUCUCUUCCCUCCAGCAAGCCCAGAGCCUGGUCUGCUGCUUAGGGGGCCCCUUUCUGAGUGGCGUUUGCCGGCGACUCUCCCAGGACUUGCGCCAUUGCAGGGGGGGCCUCCCAGAUCUUGUCGUCUGGAAGGCGGAACGCGGGCAAUUUAAGCUGGUAGAAGUCAAGGGCCCCGGCGACCGCCUCUCGCACAAGCAGACGGUGUGGCUGGACAAGCUGCAGAAGUUGGGUGCGUCGGUCGAAGUUUGUCACGUGGAGGCCGUGGGGUCUAAAAGUCAGCGCCUGGGCUGAAGGGGGGCCGGGGGGGUAAAGGGGUGUUU